AUGAGCGUCAUCGGGACUGGUGCCUAUGGCAAGGUCUUCCUGGUCAAGAAAAAGACCAACAGCCAUUUGUUCGCCAUGAAGGUGCUCAAGAAGGCCUCGAUCGUGAUCCACGCCAAGGAAACCGAGCACACCAUCACCGAGCGCUCCAUCCUCGAGCGGGUGCAGCAUCCCUUCAUCGUCAAGCUGCACUAUGCCUUCCAGACAUCGUCCAAGCUGUAUCUGAUCCUGGACUACUGCCAAGGCGGCGAGCUGUUUAGCUAUCUCGCCCGUGAGAAGAUGGUCUCUGAGGACGUCGCAGCCUUCUACUCGGGCGAGCUUAUCCUUGCCCUGGAGCACCUACACAGCCUCGGCAUCAUCUACAGGGACCUGAAGCCCGAGAAUGUCCUCCUUAACAAGGACGGCCAUGUGGUUCUGACUGACUUUGGCCUCUCUAAGGUCGCCGUCGAUGCCCGGACGGUGUGCGGAACAGUCGAGUACAUGGCUCCAGAAACCAUCAACGAAAGCACAGCCUAUGACAAGACUGUUGACUACUGGUCCCUGGGCAUCAUGAUAUAUGACAUGAUCACUGGAUCGCCGCCCUUCAGCGGCAACAAUCGCAAGAAGGUCAUGGACAGUAUCCUCAACAAGAAAAUCACGUAUCCAAACUACAUAUCAUCGUUUGCAAAGGAUCUGCUGAUCAAGCUCCUUCGCAAGAACCCGGCUCAGCGACUCGGCCACGGUGACAACGGAGUGGCUCAAAUCAAGAAACACGGCUUCUACCGCAAAAUCAACUGGACCAAGCUCGCCAAUCUCGAUGUGGAUGUGCCCUUGAAGCCACUCGGAGCGGUGCGUUUGAUUUCCACCGAUCUCCUUGCCAACUUUGACUCGCACUUUACGUCCAUGCCACUCGAGUCGCCCAGCCAGGACCUCCCUCCCGAGUUGAUGGAUGAGCGACACAGCCAGCUGUUCCGUGGAUUCAGCUUUGUUGCCAGCACCUCCGAGUACCUCUAG